AUUCAGCUUUGUGUUCUUGUGACGAGAUCAACGAAACUCAAAAUGUUCAAAUACUUCGUGUUUGCCGCUUUCUGCCUGGCCAGCGCUGCCGCCGCUCCAGGAUACCUGGGAGGAUUGGCUGGCCCAGCUCUGCCCCUGGCCGCCGCCGCUCCGGCUAUCUCCUACGGACACGCCCUGGCCGGUCCAUCCAUCGCCUCCUACGGACUGGCUCCCAGGAUCCUCUCCCCCACCUUGGCCCAUGCUCCGCUGGCUGCUCCGGCCAUUUCCGCCUACGGAUUGGGACCUAGGAUUCUCUCGCCCUCUCUGGCCCAUGCUCCUCUGAGCUACGCCCAUGCUCCUCUCGGUCUGGCCCACGCUCCUCUGGCUGCUCCUUUGGGCGCCCCUCUGGGUUUGGGCUACAAGUCCAUUGUUAGUCCCGCCCUGGCUGCUCCUGCCCUUGGACUGGCCCAUGGAUGGUAAUCCCCUCAUCAAUGUUUCCUCUUCAAGAGCCGGAGAGAAGGAGGUGGAGUGAGACAGAGACAAAGUGGAGAAAAUUGUACAAAAGAAAAACUAAAACCCAAUUUCUAAAAAGUGAGUUUGAGUUAAAAAUAUAUAUCGUUUGAAUUUAAAA